AUGACUACCACUGUCGCUCCGUACCGAGAAUCCGAGUAUGCCCGCAAAACCAUCGUCUCCCAGCUCCCAGUGCCCGACUACGUUGGCGACUCGUUCAAUGUGAUGGAGGCUGUUUACAAAGAGUAUGGGUCGACGACUGGGGAGGGGUUUGAUGUCCGCCAGAUUGAUCCAUCCCCUCGAGUAAACCAAGAUGAGUUCCGUCUUCUUCGCGAUGAGGUGGCUCGUUUCAAUCUUCGUUAUGGGAUACGAUCGAGCGCCUCUGCACCCGAGCCCCUUCGCAGCCUUCCAGGCCUCCUCGGCUAUCUAUCAUGCAAACGCCAGCUAUCUCAACCACAACGGUCGCCGAAGACGGUAGCAGGCCGUGCACUGCAUUCGCGACUUUGCUCAGAUCUAGAGCUGGCAGGUAGCCCGCAGAAGCGGUUGGUGUGCUACUCGCACUACAUCAAGUGCGCACUGCGAGCCUACUACACAUUCAAGGAAAGCCGCCUCACUAUGCCGAGGCGUGAGCGAUGCGAGCGACGCGAGUUGCUCCGCCAUAUCAUCGCCGGUCUACAUGAAGAGCGCGACCUAUUCCUGGCAGGUCCCGUAAUUGCGGAUGCUUAUAGAGGUUGCCGGUAUACAAUUCUUGCCGAUGGUGCAGGGGUUGUCUGUGGACCCCUCGGGAGCACCAUCCAUCUUCAGGGUUAUGUAUCAGACGACAAUUAG